AUGGCCGCGACGACAAAGGAAUGCUCUCUUCCUACCUUCCCAACAAUCCACCAAUGUCCGUCAAUCGGUCGCGAAAAGCACACAGUGGUGGCGGACAUGGACGGCACUCUGCUCAGAGGCCGCAGCUCCAUCCCUUACUUCGCCCUCGUGGCCUUUGAGGUCGGAGGCAUAUUAAGGCUUCUCUUUCUACUACUCGCAUCUCCACUCGCCGGCCUUUUGUACUACUGUGUCUCUGAGUCCGCCGGCAUCCGCGUCCUCGUUUUCGCAACUUUCGCAGGCAUGAGAGUUUCCGACAUCGAAUCUGUUGCACGUGCGGUUCUCCCGAAAUUCUACUCAACUGACCUCCACUCCGAGACGUGGAGAGUCUUCUCUUCCUGCGGGAAACGCUGCGUUUUGACGGCGAACCCGAGGAUCAUGGUGGAGGCGUUUUUGAAGGAGUUUUUGGGCGCGGACAUGGUGCUCGGGACAGAGAUCUCCACGUACAGAGGCCGAGCUACCGGGUGGGUCCUUAGCCCAGGGAUUACCGUCGGAAAAAACAAAGCCGACGCGCUCAACAAAGCCUUCGGUACUGACCCGUCCUUAGCCCCUGAUAUUGGGCUCGGAGACCGGAAAACGGAUUUCCCGUUCAUGAAGCUUUGCAAAGAGAGCUACGUGGUUCCAGCUAAGCCGGAAGUCGAGCCGGUAAGCCACGACAAGUUGCCGAAGCCGAUAGUGUUCCAUGACGGCCGGCUAGUCCAGAAACCAACGCCGCUCAUGGCUUUGCUCACAAUUCUUUGGAUCCCCGUCGGCUUCAUGUUAGCUUGCUUGCGCAUCGCAGCAGGCGCACUGCUCCCUAUGCCCGUCGUAUACUACGCUUUUUGGGCCCUGGGCGUACGGGUGUACAUCAAAGGCACCCCACCUCCUCCCGCUAAGAAAUCGAUAGGCCAAACCGGAGUUCUUUUCAUUUGCUCACACCGAACCCUCCUUUUCAUUUGCUGUCACGUACUCUUUGUCCCGUCUCUCGGAGAUAAUCUCUCCCAUCAAGACCGUCCGGCUCAGCCGUGA